GUGCAAAUCCUCCAUCCCUGCCCCUGGUGCUGUUCCCAGGUCGGAUGUUUGCCGUUGGCUGCAGCAUGGGCCCCCUGAUGCACUACUGGUACCUCUGGCUGGACUCGGCGUUCCCGGCGCGGGGCGUGCGGAGCCUCCGCACGGUCCUGAAGAAAGUCCUCAUCGACCAGCUCGUGGCAUCGCCCGGCCUGGGCGCCUGGUACUUCCUGGGCAUCGGCGCCCUGGAAGGUCAGUCUCUGGAGGAGAGCUGGGAUGAGCUCAAGGAGAAAUUCUGGGAGCUUUACAAGGCCGACUGGUGCGUGUGGCCGGCGGCUCAGCUCCUCAACUUCCUCUUCGUCCCUCCCACCUACCGGGUGGUUUAUGUCAACGUGGUCACCCUGGGCUGGGACACCUACCUGUCCUACCUCAAAUACAGGCCCAGAGCCACCCCAAGCCCCAAGCAGGACUCUCCUGAGGAGGAGCAGCAGCGCAGUGCCAGGGCAUAGAGAGGUGGAUGUGGCGCUUCCAGAGGCUCCUGCCUGCAGCAAAGGGCAUUUUUUGGGGGGGCAUUGUGGCCCCUGGGGAUUGAGCAACCCAAGGGGAGUGAUGGCUGGAGACCACCAAGGCCAGACACCCCCCCAGCCAUGUGCCUCUUGCUGAUUAACUCAUCUGCUAAUUACGAUGGGUUGGGGUUGUGUUGGUAACAAUCUCCUGUAAAGUGAUUUCUUCUGGGAUUUACCCCUGGAGCCAGGGUGAGGAGCUGCUGCAGCCCCCAGGAAGGGCUCUGGUGCUUUCCCUGGCUGCUCCAGGCUGGAUUUGUUCCCUCUCUCCAGAGCAAACUUGCUCCUCUCCAACCUCCUCAGAUCCACUCCAGCCACUCAGAUCCUCGCUAAUUAAUCAGGAAGGAAUUCUUCCCUGUGAGGGUGGGCAGGCCCUGGCACAGGUUUCCCAGGGAAGCUGUGGCUGC